CCUCCUUAUAGCCUGGAAAAAAUGACAGACCUUGUAGCUGUUUGGGACGUUGCAUUAAGUGAUGGAAUCCACAAGAUUGAAUUUGAGCAAGGGACCACAUCAGGCAAACGAGUUGUGUAUGUGGAUGGGAAGGAAGAAAUAAGAAAAGAAUGGAUGUUCAAAUUGGUGGGCAAAGAAACCUUCUGCGUUGGAGCUGCAAAAACCAAAGCCACCAUAAAUAUAGAUGCUGUCAGUGGUUUUGCUUAUGAGUACACUCUGGAGAUCGAUGGGAAAAGCCUUAAGAAGUACAUGGAGAACAGAUCAAAGACCACCAACACCUGGGUGCUGCACUUGGACGGCGAGGACUGCAGGGUGGUUCUGGGUUGUCUUGAAACUCACUCUGUAGACCAGAGAUCUGCCUCUGCCUGAGAUUAAAGGCGUG